AGUAGUACACCGGCUCUGAAGCGAGCGUUUUAUCAAUAUUUGGGCGAUUUAUUGAUUAAAUACCCGACAUAUCUAUUCGCCCGACAAAUGGCCACAACUGUUGGCAAUCGGCAUAACAUAUACUUCUAUGAACUCUCAUAUCAAAGUCAGUUUUGCGCAAAGAUUUUUCAAUGCGAUGACGAGGACUCAGCCAUCGGACACGGAAUGGACAUACCGUGUGUUUUGGGCCAACCAUUCAUUGCUGAAAUGGUAGACUUUUUUGAUGAAACCGAUCGCCAGUUCAGUCGUGAUGUAAUGCGGAUGUGGACUAACUUUGCGAAAUAUGGCAAACCGGACGACAAAUGGCCGCAACUGUUGAGUGAUCCGAAUGUACCGAAAGUGAAAGAUUUAAACCCCGACCCAAACCGACCCCCACUUCACGACCCGUACAGUCAAUGCCUUACAGACUUUUGGAAAUCAUAUUUUUAAUACACAAUGUUAUGAACGUGGU